AUAGAAAUACUACUACCAGAUUACGAUAGGCUAGGUAGCCAUGUAGUUCGACUCUCAGACUUUUCCAGACUUUUCCAAUUACAGAAUCGAGGCGUCGUGUUGGCUGUGUCGCUGAUAGCGUUGGCCAUCUGGGAUACGGUACUGCUAUGGUGCGCGUUUUUCUACUAUGCCAUUCGAAAGCUACCGAUAGCCAUCAAUUCCGACUGGCUGAACGUCCUUAUGCCUUGGUUCCAUCCGUUCUCACAAAUCGCCAAUACAGCAGCGACAUGGUGCGUUGUUGCUAUCACUUGGCAACGAUUUAUGGCUACGAGGGACCCGUUCAGAACGCCAAGAUCAGCAGCAUUGGUACAUUCGUUUCGAAGUGAACGGCGGAUAUCAUUCAUGUAUUGCUCGACAUAUCGACGACUACUUCGGAUGCCUAUCGCUCUGUCAAUUGGAGCUGUACUACUAAAUAUUCCAGCAUUUUUUGAGCUUUACAAUUACUUGUGCUAUAAGGCAGAGGAGAAUCGCGUAGCGAUUUCGGUGCGCCCUACUGCAUUGCGCUUACAAAACGCCUACGCAUUAUACCGUCUGAUCUCACGGAUGAUUGCCGUCUCAAUUGGACCCAAUCUUGGCAUUCUCAUCCUAACCCUGCUCACAGUGUUCAUGCUUCGCGGCUCUAAUCGAACACGGCGUCAAAUGUUUCAAAUGAGCGAUCACUUCCUGGACCGUAACGCAUCCAGGUUAGUAAAUCCUGACUACACUACCGUUUCUGGGGACACAGCUCACGAUGGUCGUAUGGGUGGGAUCAGGCCUUACGGUCUGGUUGGUUCGAUCCUGCCUGUACGGUCAUCGUGGACCGUCCUCAAGCUCUUCAUUUACAACCUAUUACAAACUGAUUACAGAGAGAUACUGCAGACGCUCAUCUCUAUCAUGCUGGUGUCAAAAUUCUUAUGCUUUAGAAGUCUGACAUUUGUGUUAGAUCUGGUCGAAGUCACUGUCGGCGAUUACAAUUACUAUUUGGUGGAUAUUUCGAAUUUUCUUGUCAUUUUGAAUUCGGCCACCAACAGCUUGAUCUUCCUGAAAGCUAGUACAUGGCUAAACAAUCGACUAGUUGAACGGAAAACGAUGCGGCGGAAGAAGACCGUCUGCGAUUCGGGGCAACUACUCGGUGACCGGCUCAGUAUAUUGUCGUCGACAUGGCAGAUGGGCAACCAAGGAUCCAUGACCGCUCCAAAACGAGACAACGACAACAAUCCUGGAAUGAGGAUACUGUACUCAAUUCUUCGUCGUCAGCCCACACUCUUCUCCGUGUUUCGGGUCCCUAAUCUCGUAAUCAUUGCCAACGACAAAAUAGAGGCUGAAAUGCCGUCGUUAUUCACCAAUGGGAGCGCCAGAAGUUUCGACCCGCUCACUAACACCAAGUUCAUGGAAGUGGCACAACGAAUUACUGCUUUCAUGGGUGAACUCAUAAAAAUGAUGAAGGACGGCAAACCCGAGGAGUACAUCGUCAUGCGAAUUCGUCGCGUUGGAGCAAUUCACUUCCAACACGGAAUUCCAUUCCCAUCUGCAGUAUGGCGCGAGUUCAAAUCCAGUACAAUUACCAUCAUAUCAGAAUGCGAAUUCAAGAGUCAUGAUCUCCAUUCCACAAUUCUUGAGAUCAGCCAGAAGUAA